GCCAUCAGCCAGCUUAGUUAUUAGGCAUCACAGAAGCAAGCAAGUACGGGUUCCGUGAUCAUCAGUGUGUGUGUCAGGUGACGAGGAUGAGGGGUCUCCUUGUGCUCCCCCUCCUGCUCGCCGCCGCGGCGUGCCUCGCCGAGGGCGCGGGCGAGUGCGGGGCGACGCCGCCGGACAGGAUGGCGCUGAGGCUGGCGCCGUGCGCGUCGGCGGCGCAGAACCCGAGCGCCGCGCCGUCCGGCGCCUGCUGCGGCGCUGUGCGCACCAUCGGGAAGCAGAGCCCCCAGUGCCUGUGCGCCGUGAUGCUGUCCAACACCGCCAAGAGCUCCGGCAUCAAGCCCGAGGUCGCCAUCACCAUCCCCAAGCGAUGCAACCUCACCGACCGCCCCGUCGGCUACAAGUGCGGAGCUUACACUUCGCCAUGAGCAGUAAGGACUGAACGCGGCUGGUGCGUGGCAUGUUCAUGGAUCACCUAAGUACAAGCACGAAGUCCUGUCCGUGUGUGUGUCUCUGUGUGUAACCAAUAAUAAACGACAGUUGCGAGUACCAUCCAUGUGGAACUCUAGUAUGUUGAGUGAUUGAGUCUAUCCUUAGAGAUGUAUACUUGCUACUCAUGUGGUCACGUUCAGGGUCCAGAGAUGUAGUCCUGCAUUGUCGAAAUAAAACUAAUCUCUCCUUUUCUUUUACAAA